ACCUUGCAAACCAAUCCCUCCUCUCUCGACAAUCCCUCCUCUCUCGACAAUCCCUCCUCUCUCGACAAUCCCUCCUCCGUACUCGUAGACAUCUCAAACUCCUCCUCCCCAAGCCACACACACACACCCACUGGGCUCUAUUCGCACGCCGUCUCAUCCACGGGCCAUUUCUCUCGUUCCCUCCCUCCCCCCAUCACCACCACCACACAUACCCGAUCCUCAACAUCAUCACCACCACCAACAUCACCGCUUCUUCGACUUAAGACAAAGAGUGGGAUUCUACGGCGACAAGGCGGUGUAGAGAAAGGAGGUAAUUGAGAGGGAGUUUGUGGGAGAGACGGAGCAAGGAGGAGGGUGGUGGUUGUAACCGUGGUGUGUGACAUCACCCCCGGAGAGUCUGAACACAGGAAGGAGGCAGCAUGGCAAAGCGCGGUGCGGGUUCGGGCGACGGAGGCUCCAGCGAUGCUGACAAGUACCUGUACGUGGAGCGCAACACCUACUCCAUCCCGGCUGCCCAGGCCGACUGGAGCGCCCGUCGCCUCGUGUGGGUUCCUUCCGAGAAACAUGGCUUCGAGGCUGCCAGCAUCAAGGAGGAGCGAGGCGAUGAGGUCCUCGUGGAGCUUGCAGAGAACCAGAAGAAGGUGACCGUGAACAAGGACGAUGUCCAAAAGAUGAACCCACCCAAGUUCGCCAAGGUGGAGGACAUGGCGGAGCUCACGUGCCUCAACGAGGCGUCCGUUCUGCACAACCUCAAGGACCGAUACUACUCCGGCCUAAUCUACACCUACUCUGGGCUGUUCUGCGUGGUGGUGAAUCCCUACAAAAACCUGCCAAUCUACUCGGAGGAGAUCAUCGAGAUGUACCGUGGAAAGAAGCGCCACGAGGUCCCACCGCACAUCUAUGCUGUCACCGACACGGCCUACCGCAGCAUGCUGCAAGAUCGUGAAGACCAAUCAAUCCUGUGCACAGGCGAGUCUGGUGCAGGUAAAACUGAAAACACUAAGAAGGUGAUCCAGUACCUGGCUCACGUCGCCUCUUCGCACAAAGGACGCAAGGAUCAUGGUGCUCCCAAAGCGGCGGAGAUUUCGUUUGGUGAACUGGAGAAGCAGCUACUCCAAGCGAACCCCAUCCUGGAAGCUUUUGGCAACGCGAAGACUGUCAAGAACGACAACUCCUCGCGAUUCGGGAAGUUCAUCCGCAUCAACUUUGACGUCGCUGGGUACAUCGUGGGCGCAAACAUUGAGACCUACCUCCUGGAGAAGUCUCGCGCCAUCCGGCAGGCGAAGGAUGAGCGAACGUUCCACAUCUUCUACCAGCUCCUGUCGGGCGCAGGAGAACACCUCAAGACUGACCUGCUCCUCGAGGGCUACAACAACUACCGCUUCCUGUCCAACGGAAACGUCGUCAUCCCAGGGCAGCAGGACAAGGACAACUUCCAGGAGACGACCUCCUCCAUGAACAUCAUGGGCUUCACGCACGAGGAGCAAAUUUCCUUGCUGCGCGUGGUCUCUUCUGUGCUACAUUACGGAAACAUCGUUUUCAAGAAGGAGAGGAACACUGACCAGGCUUCGAUGCCAGACAACACUGCUGCCCAGAAGCUGUGUCACCUGCUGGGAAUCGCCGUGACGGAUUUCACGCGUGCAAUCCUCACUCCACGCAUCAAGGUCGGCCGCGACUAUGUGCAGAAGGCCCAGACCAAGGAACAGGCGGACUUUGCUAUCGAGGCGUUGGCCAAGGCCACGUAUGAGCGUCUCUUCCGCUGGCUCGUGCAGCGCCUCAACAAGGCUCUUGACCGCACCAAGCGUCAGGGCGCCUCCUUCAUCGGCAUCCUCGACAUUGCCGGCUUCGAGAUCUUCGAGCUGAACUCCUUUGAGCAGCUGUGCAUCAAUUACACCAACGAAAAGCUGCAGCAGCUGUUCAACCACACCAUGUUCAUCCUGGAGCAGGAGGAGUACCAGCGUGAGGGCAUUGAGUGGAACUUCAUCGACUUUGGGCUCGACCUGCAGCCAUGCAUCGAGCUCAUCGAGAAGCCGGCCGGGCCGCCGGGCAUCCUGGCGCUGCUGGACGAGGAGUGCUGGUUCCCCAAGGCCACGGACAAGUCGUUCUGUGAGAAGCUGGUACAGGAGCAGGGCACGCACCCCAAGUUCCAGAAGCCGAAGCAGCUCAAGGACAAGGCAGACUUCUCUGUCAUCCACUACGCCGGCAAGGUGGAUUACAAGGCCGACGAGUGGCUGAUGAAAAACAUGGACCCCCUCAACGACAACGUGGCCACGCUUCUGCAUCAGUCGUCCGACAAGUUCGUGGCUGAGCUCUGGAAAGAUGUCGACCGCAUCGUGGGUCUGGACACGGUGUCGGGGAUGACGGACACGGCCUUUGGCUCCACCUACAAGACGCGCAAGGGCAUGUUCCGCACCGUGGGGCAGCUCUACAAAGAGCAGCUGACCAAGCUCAUGGCCACGCUGCGCAACACCAACCCCAACUUCGUGCGCUGCAUCAUCCCCAACCACGAGAAGAAGGCCGGCAAACUUGAGCCGCACCUGGUGCUUGAUCAGCUUCGCUGUAACGGAGUCCUUGAGGGCAUCCGUAUCUGCAGACAGGGCUUCCCCAAUCGCAUCAUCUUCCAGGAGUUCAGGCAGAGAUACGAGAUCCUGACUCCCAACGCGAUCCCCAAGGGAUUCAUGGACGGGAAACAGGCCUGUGAGCGCAUGAUCAAGGGGCUGGAGCUGGACCCGAACCUGUACCGCAUUGGGCAGAGCAAAAUCUUCUUCCGCGCGGGAGUGCUCGCCCAUCUGGAGGAGGAACGCGACCUCAAGAUCACUGACAUCAUCAUCGCCUUUCAGGCAACGUGCCGCGGAUACCUGGCCCGCAGGGCGUUCGGGAAGAGGCAGCAGCAGCUGAGUGCACUGCGCGUCAUCCAACGCAACUGCUCCGCGUAUCUCAAGCUGCGUAACUGGCAGUGGUGGCGCCUCUUCACCAAGGUGAAGCCACUGCUGCAGGUCAGCCGCCAGGAUGAGGUGCUGCUGGCGAAGGCCGAGGAGCUGCAGAAGGUGAAGGAGCGGCAAGUGCAGGCGGAGACGGACCUCGUGGAGCUGGAGCAUAAACACAAUCAGGCGAUAAAAGAGAAGCAGAUGAUGGCAGAGCAACUGCAGGCGGAGAUCGAGCUGUGCGCCGAGGCCGAGGAGAUGCGCUCACGUCUCGAGGCCAAGAAGCAGGAGCUGGAGGAUAUCCUCCACGACCUGGAGGCGCGCGUGGAGGAGGAGGAAGAGCGCGCACAGGCGCUCAACCAGGAAAAGAAGAAGAUGCAGCAGCACGUGCAGGACCUGGAGGACCAACUCGAGGAGGAGGAAACUGCUCGCCAGAAGCUGCAGCUCGAGAAGGUUCAGACUGAGUCGAAGCUGAAGAAGAUGGAGGAGGACCUGAUCAUCCUUGAGGACCAAAAUUCAAAGUUCAUUAAGGAGAAGAAGCUGAUUGAGGAGCGGGUGUCUGAGUUGGCGACCAACCUUUCCAAGGAGGAGGAGAACAACAAGAACUUGCUCAAGGUGAAGAACAAGCAAGAGAGCAUCAUCGCUGACCUCGAGGAUCGGCUGAAGCGUGAGGAGAAGUCUCGCCAGGAGCUGGACAAGGUAAAGCGCAAGCUGGAUGGAGAGAGCAACGACCUCUCCGAUCAGAUUGCGGAGCUACAGCAGCAGAUCAUCGAACUCAAAGCCCUGCUCGCCAAGAAGGAAGAGGAGCUGCAGGCCGCCCUUGCCAGGGUGGAGGAGGAGAGCGGCCAGAAAAACCUGGCGCUCAAGCAGCUGCGGGAGCUGCAGGCCCAGCUGGCCGAGCUUCAGGAGGACCUGGACGCCGAGAAGGCCGCUCGCUCCAAGGCCGAGAAGCAGAAGCGCGACCUCGGCGAGGAGCUCGAGGCCCUCAAGACAGAGCUGGAGGACACCCUGGACACCACUGCCGCACAGCAGGAGCUCAAAUCCAAGCGUGAGCAGGAGGUGACUGAGCUGAAGAAAGCGAUUGAUGAGGAGACACGGAACCAUGAGUCUCAGAUCCAGGACAUGCGGCAACGGCACAACCAGGCCCUGGAGGAACUGUCCGAACAGCUUGAGCAAGCCAAGAGGUUCAAGGCUACGGUGGAGAAGAACAAGCAGGGCCUGGAGGGAGAGAACCGUGAGCUGGCAAGCGAGGUGAAGGUGCUGAGCCAGGCACGUAGCGAACUGGAGAUGAAGCGCAAGCGAGCCGAGGCCCAGGUCCAGGAGCUGCAGGCGAAGGUGGCGGAGAGCGAUCGGGCGCGUACGGAGCUCGCCGACCGCACCAACAAAUUCCAGAGCGAGCUGGAGGCCCUCUCGGGCAUUCUGUCGGACACCGAGAGCAAGGCCAUCAAGCUGAACAAGGAGACUUCGAGCCUGCAGUCCCAGCUCCAGGAUGCACAGGAAUUGCUCCAGGAGGAAACGCGCAUGAAGCUAAACUUCAGUACGAAGGUGCGGCAAAUGGAGGAUGAAAAGAACAGCCUCCAGGAGCAGCUGGAGGAGGAGGAGCAGGCGAAACGCAACCUCGAGAAGCAGUUGGCGACGCUGCAGACGCAGCUGAGCGACGUCAAGAAGCACGCGGAUGACAACUUGGGCACAGUGGAGGCUCUGGAGGAGGCAAAACGGAAGCUGCAGAAGGACAUGGAGACCCUGGGUAACCGCUACGAGGAAAAGCUCGCCGCAUAUGACAAGGUGGAGAAAACCAAGAACCGGCUACAGCAGGAGCUGGACGACCUCACGGUUGACCUGGAUCACCAGCGACAGACCGUGUCCAACCUUGAGAAGAAGCAGAAGAAGUUUGACCAGAUGCUGGCGGAAGAGAAGAACGUGUCCACGCGCUACGCCGAGGAGCGUGACCGCGCCGAGGCCGACGCCCGCGAGAAGGAGACCAAGGCGCUGUCGUUGGCUCGGGCGCUCGAGGAGGCCAUGGAGUCCAAGGGGGAGCUGGAGCGGAGCAACAAGCAGCUCCGCGCCGAGAUGGAGGACCUCGUCAGCUCCAAGGACGACGUCGGCAAGAACGUGCACGAGUUGGAGAAGUCGAAGCGGGCCCUGGACCAGCAGGUGGCGGAGAUGCGCACGCAGUUGGAGGAGCUGGAGGAUGAGCUGCAGGCCACCGAGGAUGCCAAGCUGCGCCUGGAGGUCAACAUGCAGGCGCUGAAGGCGCAGUACGACCGCGAGCUGCUGGGCAAGGAUGAGCAGGGCGAGGAGAAGCGGCGCCUGCUCAUCAAGCAGGUGCGCGAGAUGGAGACGGAGCUGGAGGAAGAGCGCAAGCAGCGUGCGCAGGCUGUGAACGCCAAGAAGAAGCUGGAGAUGGACCUGCAGGACCUGGUGGGCCAGGCUGAGACGGCCAACAAGGGCCGGGACGAGGCCACCAAGCAGCUGCGCAAGCUGCAGACGCAGUUCAAGGAGUUCUACCGCGAGCUGGAGGAGACGCGCACCUCCCGCGACGAGAUCUUCAACCAGGCGCGCGAUAACGACAAGAAGUUCAAGAGCCUCGAGGCCGAGAUCAUGCACCUGCAGGAGGAACUGGCAGCUGCCGAGCGCGCUCGCCGGCACGUGGAGGCGGAGCGCGAUGAGCUCGCCGAGGAGAUCGCCAGCGGCAGCUCUGGGAAGUCUGCGCUGCUGGAUGAGAAGCGUCGACUCGAGACUCGCAUCGUGCAGCUGGAGGAGGAGGUCGACGAGGAGCAGAACAACACAGAGCUCCUUCAGGACCGCCUGCGCAAGACCACGCUUCAGGUGGACCAGAUAACGAUGGAGCUGACCAGCGAACGCAGCCUCACGCAGAAGGCCGAUGGGCUUCGUCUGCAACUCGAGCGCCAGAACAAGGAGCUGAAGCUGAAGCUGCAAGAGCUGGAGUCGGAGGGCAAAACCAAGUACAAGAGCAUCAUCGCCACCUUGGAGGCCAAGAUUGCCGCCCUGGAUGAGCAGCUCGACAUGGAAGCGCGGGAGCGCGCGGCAGCCAACAAAUUGGUGCGGCGCACGGACAAGAGGCUCAAGGAGGUGGCGCUGCAGGUGGAGGAUGAACGCCGCCACGCGGAUCAGUACCGUGAGCAGGUGGAGAAGGUGACUGGACGCAUGAAGGCGCUGAAGCGGCAGCUGGAGGAGGCGGAGGAGGAGGCAACGCGUGCCAACUCUUCGAGGCGCAAGCUGGCGCGGGAGCUUGAGGAUGUCACGGAGUCUGCCGAAGCCAUGAACCGCGAGGUCAACACCCUCAAGACCAAGCUGAGACGCGGGCCCUACACCUUCACGAGCAUCACGCGACGUGUCGUCUCGUCCGUCACAGAGACAGAAGUUUCUGACGAUGAGACCAGCGGUGACAAAAUCCAGGGAGAUGCCAAGCCUGAGUGAAUGGGGUUCCUACUGGAGGAGGGGGAAUGCACACGCACAUAUAUACACACGCACACGAAACACAUGGGCAUAUACACACACACACAAGCUCACACAGGGACUCGCGAUCAAAGUGAGGGAUGUGGAAUGGCUGCAUUGAAAUCAAAGUUAAUAAUAACAGCAUUGGAGUGGGCACCCAGAGACUGGCAAUAAACCAAAAACCAAAGGGUGGUGAUGAUCAUUUAAGUGCGGACUUUCGAGGUCAAGUGUUGACUGUGUAACAGUUGCAGGAUCUGGCACUGGCCAUGAUAACCACUUAACUUCACCUUGGGCUGUAAAUCCUUAAACAAUAAAAACACCACUAAAGAUAUUCAUACCUACCAGCUUGUUUUGUAAAGUUUGCUCGUCUAAUAUCCCCAUCUAUUUUACCAAAAUUAACCAGUGGUGAACCAUUCUUCAUGACCCAAAUUUAUUGAGACGUCAUUUUCCAAAAAAAUAGGCUAAUAUAUCGAUGAGCAUCUUGGUAAAACAUUGAGCAUGGAAUUUAAGUUUGAUUGCUCUCUGGCAAAUACUCGUUAAAGAGCAUGUGGCAAGAUAUGGCAGCUCCUGUGGAUAAGAGCCCAAUUAAAGUGGCUCCAAGUGUAGUUUUAGGUGAUCUCGGUGGUUACUCGUUUGGAACGGAAUGCUAAUAGAAUAAUUGGAGUGCAAGGAAAGCAAAACAAUCGUGUUUUUAAUCAUGUGUUUUGACCUCUUGUUUCCCACUCUUGAGCCACCACACCACCCUUUACACUGAUAGCUGUGUCCCAGCCACUGAAUAAUGGACUUCUUGGUAAAAUGCUAAUGACAUGUGCUAGAGUGCUGGCCAGGUGGCUCAGAUGACUAUUAAACCUGUGUUGAAGCACUUGAAGCUAGGACUUGUAACAUGGAUUUUAAUCGCAGCCUGCAAAUUACGAUUAAUUAAGGUUUUCAUACAAGGAAAAUUUGUUGGUCUCAGCUCAUUAACCAUUUAUGAGCCCCCUGACACCACCCAGCCAAUUGGAACCAACAGAUUGCGAAAGUGAGAUAGAUCUUAACUAUAUACAUGCUUUCCUUUUCUGGAUCGUAAAUCACCAGGUUACUUGGGUGUAUGCUUAUAUGUUGAUGUUAAAAUUGUAUUACAAUAAAAGCAUCUUUUUAUACAAUCAGAUAUUCUUUGUAGGAAAUGUGGAUAUGGUUUUAUUUGGACUGUGGUCAUUUGUUAUUGUCAUUGAUAUUUCUAGUCGUUACACAAAAUGAUGCAAUUGUGACCAAACUCAACCACCAACCCAACCUUUGAUAUGUGAUGUCAUGAGUUCAAGUGAGGCUCGAGAGCAUUCUUUUGUAUCGUCAAACAUGCGCCAAUUCCAAUGAAUCAUUAACACAAUAACAUUCCUAAAGUUAUUGUUUCAAUAACAUACAUUUCCAUCUAUGUAUGAAUUCUAGAAUUAGUUUUUUUAUGUUUGUUCAUGUUUUGCUUUGGUAUUGGUAAAUAGAUUUAUGGUUGUCAUUAAGUAAUGGGGGGUGCUUGUCACCAGGGCAAUGGACAUGAUCGACAAUUAGCAAUAACCAAUCACGUAGUGAUAUUAAACAUUGUUAAAUUCAGCCAUUUAGUCUUGGACUAUCGACACCAUUAAUAUUACUCUCCGCAAUGUCCAAGAGUCUUCGGUCGCCUUUUUUUAUUUUACAUUAGUUCUAUUUUAGUUCUUUUCAGUAAGCAUCCAUCACAUCAUUAGUUUUCUUUUAUUAUUUUGCUGCUAUGCAUAUCCAUAUUUUAUGAGCAGCAAUCAUUCAAUAAUAGUUCAUUAAACAAUAUCGCUUUCUCAUAUGCAAGGCAAUACAAACGGGGUUUCGUAUUGUGCUCUGAAAAGAACACAAGCCUACUUAAAAUGCGUCCCUUUAUAAUAUAAGUGCGCAGUCUAUAAUUGUAUAAGUGCCUUCCUUCCCAUAUAUCCUGUGACCUUGUUGCACUUGUUAAUGCUGCAAAGGGCACAUCACCUUGCCGCUGUUGAGAUGCCUUGUUAUGUGGUUGCCUUAUUGAGACAAAUUAAACGGUUUUGUAGUCCGUUUUUAUAAUUUUUGUUAUAUUACACUCUUGUUCCAUUUACAUUGGCCCAGGGCAAGCAGUGUGAUUCUCUUUGUUUAAUUUGUUUUCGGGCCAUAACCACCAUCGCUUAUGCCACAGUGGGGAACCUGUUUUGACAAAUUGCUGGUCCUGAUGUCCAUGUGUGUUCAUUUAGUGAUAACAUGGAGUGUGGUGACCUUUGGGGAGAUUAUUUUCCUGUAACAACCAUGUGGGGACCACUUGAGCUUUGACCCUCAAUAAAAAUGAUGGUAAUGGUAAA